ACAAAAGAAAACGAAAAACAGGUCGUGCUUGCUUUGCUCCUAAACGAAAGCCGCCCCUUUUAGCUUUUGUGCCUACAAAUAUGAAAUUCUUCCUCACAUUUUCUUCCAAACCCUUCGUUGCAAUUUCAUCACAGCAUCAACAGCAACUACGCUUUCUCUCUCUCCCUUCAACACGCUUCCUUUUAAUUUGAUUUAAGGUUCUUAUUUGUUAACACACAAAUUCAACUUCAGAAAACACAGCCCUUCUUCGCGCAGGGUUUAAAGCAGGAUUGCAGGCACAGAUCUCUCUAUGGGAGAAGCACCAGCAUUGCUUGUUGAUGACAUGCAGGAUGGGCCUCUUAAUGGCCUUGAAUUGAAAAACGGAGCUUGCAAAACAACUGCUACAGUUGGUGAUAAGACGUAUGUCAUUGGUGGAGCUGAUGAUGGAACUUUGUCCAUUGAAGUUCAAAUUUUUGACCCUUAUCUUGGAGAAUGGGUUCAUCCCACUGUGCAUGGCACGAAACCCAUGUUAUGCAAAGGCCUCUCAGCAGUGCCUUUGGAAGAUCGAAUCCUGAUUCUUAAGAAGGGUUCUAAGCCAGAUGAUCAAAUAUGGUUCCUGGAGGUUGACACCCAAUAUGUUAGGCAGCAGCAAAAAAAUUUGAGGACCGAGGUUGUUGCAUGGAGUAAAGGUGUGAUAGGCAAUGCUGAGAAGCCUAUUGUUAUUAGUGGUCCUUCUGGAGUGGGUAAAGGAACACUGAUAGCAAUGCUGAUGAAGGAAUUUCCAUCCAUGUUUGGCUUCUCUGUGAGUCACACCACUCGUGCUCCAAGAGGUAUGGAGAAAGAUGGGGUCCAUUACCAUUUUACUGAGAAAAGUAUAAUGGAGAAAGAGAUUAAAGCUGGAAAGUUUCUUGAGUUUGCUUCUGUCCAUGGUAAUCUGUACGGGACCAGUGUUGAGGCUGUCGAAUUGGUAGCAGAUGCAGGCAAAAGAUGUAUUCUUGAUAUUGAUGUUCAAGGAGCAAGAUCUGUGAGGGCUAGUUCUCUUGAAGCCAUAUUCAUCUUUAUCUGUCCCCCAUCAAUGGAAGAGCUGGAGAAGCGCCUUCGUGACCGAGGGACAGAAAAUGAGGAACAGAUCCUAAAGCGACUACGUAAUGCUGAGGCUGAGAUUGAACAAGGGAAAUCUUCUUGCAUAUUUGAUUUCAUCUUAUACAAUGACAAACUUGAGGAGUGUUAUGAGAGACUUAAGAAAUUGUUGGGACUAGAUGGUUUUGUCAGUGCUCCACCUAAAUCGGGCCCUAGAGAGAUUAAUAUACCAAUGGACCAUUCAGUGUCAAAAAUUGAUAACAAAAUCAUUAUAAACUGCAAUGGCUCAGGAGAGAAGGAAUCAAAGAAUUUGAUUAUGUUGGAUGUUUCCUCACUAAAAGGGGGCGCGCCAGGACGGACAAGAGGGCUAAAUUUUCAAGCCAUUGGCUCGUUUUCGAAUGUCUUGAAUGGGAUAGACCAUCUUAGCUAACAUUCAAUGAACUUGGACAACUAACUUGGUAUCACAGUUGAGAGAAUGGGACACGUGAUAAGGCAUUAGAUUCAUGUCUUAAACAUUUUUCCCCCCUUGUGGCGUUCUUUGAUUGUUAUGGCAAUUGAAUUGACUUGAAGAGUGUUGGCAAUCGCACAAUUAUUAUUUCCUACAUAGGCAAUGAGAUUGUUUGUGAUUUUUGCGUGUCUACUAUAUUUCAUCAACAAGGAAGGCACUGUCUGUCAGACAUUAGGUGUUAGACUCGACAUGGGAUUUCUGUCAUACGUUUUACACAUUAAAUUUGUCGGAAACAUGUUUUAUGUCAUCAUCAUGCUUAUUAGUUUCUAUCAGCUAUGUGGCACUAGUUAUGAUAAGAUCCAAAUUCUC